GAAGGACCUCGAUUCAUCAUCACUCUUACAUCCAGAAGCAGCAACCAUUUCCUUUCACGUUCUACCAUGCGGCAUAUUUGAAACCCCAAAUUGAUUUAAGGGAAUUGCAUUAUACAUCAUGAGACAGGCUAUCAGGGUUACGGGUCUCGGUCGGCUCCUCUCGAGGCCACUCACUACUUCACCGACACCGUUCAGAUGCGCAGCUGCCGGUAUCGGGCGUCACGAGAGAGGGAUUUCCGGGUUGAGGAGAGUUACGCUGCCUUCGACGAGCUUAUCGUGUGUCAAGACUGUUGGCGCGGGGCGGUAUUUCAGUAGCAAGAAGCAGGUUUUCGAGGCGGGCGAAGCUCCGUCGUUUGCGUUUGCUUUUGACAUCGACGGCGUUCUGUUGCACGUGGCCAAGCCUAUUCCCGGGGCCGCCGAGUCGCUUCAGUACCUCAACGACAACAACAUCCCCUUCAUCCUCCUGACCAAUGGCGGAGGCAAGCCAGAGGCCGUCCGGGUGAAGGACCUGAGCGACAAGCUCGGGGUCAAGCUCUCGGUGGACAACUUUGUCCAGUCGCACACUCCCUUUCAGGAGCUGGUGCAGGGGCCGGAAGGGCUGGGGGACAAGACCAUCUUCCUGACGGGUGCGGAUGCGAAGAAGUGUAGAGAAAUUGCCAAGCUGUACGGCUUCAAGAACGUGGUGACGCCAGCAGACAUCAUCCACGCCCACCCAGAAGUAUUCCCCUUUGAACUCCUCAAGAAGUCAGUCUACGCAGACUCCCACGAGCCCUUACCCAAGCCCAUCCACAACGGCACCGUAUCAGACGCGGACGCGCUCAAAAUCGACGCCAUGUUCGUCUUCAACGAUCCGCGCGACUGGGCUCUCGACAUCCAAAUCAUCACCGACCUGCUCCUCUCGCGCGAGGGGCUUUUGGGGACGUACUCGGCCAAGAACGGCGAUGCGUCGCUUCCCAACGGCGGGUGGCAGCAGGACGGGCAGCCGCCGCUCAUAUUUUCGAAUGCGGACCUGUUCUGGUCGACGACGUACCACCAGCCGCGGUUCGGGCAGGGGGCGUUCCAGGCGGCUGUGGCGGGGGUGUGGAAGGAGGUCACGGCGGGGCAGGCGGAGUUGAAGAGGACGGUGUUUGGGAAGCCGUUUGCGACUACGUAUCAGUAUGCGGAGCGGGUGCUUGAUGCGCAUCGGCGGGCGCUGCUGGGUAAGAAGAGUGGCGGCAACGGGGAGGCGCCGCCGUUGAAGACGGUGUACAUGGUGGGAGAUAACCCGGAGAGCGAUAUCCGGGGCGCGAAUGAUUAUAGCAACGAGGAGACGGAGUGGGCUUCGUUGCUGGUGAAGACGGGGGUUUGGAGUCAGACGAGGGGCGCGCCUACGCAUAAGCCCACGAUGAUUGUGGAUGAUGUCAAGGCGGCGGUUGAGUGGGCGUUGCAGAGGGAGGGAAGGUCGACUAGAAUCUGAGCAUGUGUUGGAGCAUGUUGGUACUAGAAGCUCCAGCGGAUGGUCCAAAUAGUGUAUUGUAUUUAGGUAGCCGUAGCUCGUCGAUGAAUGGCAUGGAGUGAGUGUGUAAGUACUCAGCUGGAGCGUGGAAUAUAAGUAUCUUUUUAGAAGAAUAUACCGAGAGAAUAAGCUGGCUAGAAGAGUUAUAAUAGAUGAUAGUGAGAAUGUAUGAGAUAGAGGGCAGUGAAAAUGAUAGUGGUGAGUAGCAAGUCAUUCUGGUCAUUGCUAUACCUGCCUCUCAAAGCAGGAUUUUGCGAUUUAGACUCUUCUCCCAGUGACAUGGCGUCGUGUUUGUUCAGAGGAAGAGAUUGG